AUGUGGACUGUGUGUGGACUGGGCCAGCUGCUGGUGCUGCUGUUGCUGCCCAUGGGUGGCAUCUCCAUGCUAGACACUGUGGUCAGACUCAACCAGGCUGCUCUGAGCUACGUGUCUGAAAUCGGGAAAGCCCCUCUCCAACGGGCCCUGCAAGUCACUCUCCCGUAUUUCCUGGACCAGAGUGGAGAGGUGCUCCAGCCCACCAGGGUCCAGAUGCUGAAGGUCCACGUGGCCCGCCUACACUUGAACUUCAUCCCUGAUUUUGGGGUACACUUUUUGGCAGCAGCCACCUUUAAUUUCGAGGUCUUCCGGAAUCCCGAGCAGCCCCUGGUGGUGACGAUGCCCGUGGUACUGCUGGCGGACGUCCAGGUGGCCCAGGGCACCAUCCAGACCCCCGUGGUCAGCAUCCCUGCUUGCUACUCCUUUUUUGGCAAUGUCAGCAUGGCAGCACCAGGCAGCAACAGCGCCUCUCCCGCGCUGCUGGUCCGCUUGCAGAAGCAUAUAAAAGCUGUUUUGAGCACCAAGCUGUGCCUGAGCAUCGCCAACCUGGUGCAAGGCCUGAAUGUCCACUUGGGUACUUUGAUUGGUCUCAACCCAGUGGGGCCUGAGUCCCAGAUCCGCUAUUCCAUGGCCAACAUGCCCACCAUCACGAACGACUACAUUUCCCUGGAUGUCAAUGCUAUGUUCUUCCUGCUGGCCAAGCCCAUCGUCCUGCCUGUGGACUCCACCCACUUCAUGGUGCCACGCCAAGUGGGCACCAAGGGAGCCAUGGCAACUGUGGGCCUCUCCCAGGACCUGUUUGACUCUGCUCUCCUGCUGCUGCAUAAGGCUGGGAGCCUCAACCUGGACAUCACAGGGCAGCCGAACUCAGAUGACAACCCACUGAACACAUCCACACUGGGCCAGCUCAUCCCUGAGGUGGCCCGCCAGUUCCCCGAGCCCAUGCCUGUGGUCCUCAAGGUACGGCUGGGUGCCACCCCCAUAGCCACACUCCGUGCCAACAAUGCCACGCUUCGGCUGCAGCCCUUCAUUGAGGUCCUGGCCAUGGCCUCCAACUCGGCCUGCCAGUCCCUCUUCUCCCUGGAUGUGGUAGUGAACCUGAGCCUCCAGCUCUUUGUGUCUGGGGUGAGGCUUCAGGGGACCACAUCAGUACUGGGGGAUGUCCAACUCACCGUGGCCUCGUCCAACGUGGGCUCUAUUGAUGUGGAUCACGUGCACACCCUCAUGGGCACUGUGCUUGAGAAGCCCCUGCUUGACCACUUCAAUGCUCUCCUGGGCAUAGGGGUUCCCCUCCCCAAUGUGGUCAACCUCCGCUACACCUCCUCCAAGGUCUUCAUCUAUGAGGGCUAUGCUGUGGUGUCCAGUGGACUCUUGUACCAGCAGGGCCACUCUGGGGACUGA